GUUGAAGCCUCCCAUGCAGCGAGAAAAUAAAUUAUAUUUACUGUUGAAAAGCAAACAAGAAAAAUGUCGGAAGGUUGUGUGGUGGUAAGUGUAGCUUGGUGGUGAUAGUGAUGAUGUUGGCUCUGUGGUGGAGAGUAUUGGAAGGAGGUUAGUACUACCACGUGACAUGAUGACGAAGCAAUGAAUCUAAGAUGGAGAAUGGCGGGAAUAUUUGAAACAUUUAAAUCAAAUAUCAAUAGUCGAUAAGUGUAAGGUCGAUAAUGCAGAAUACUAUUUAUUAAAUUAAGACAUUGAAUUAUCGAUGGAAAAAAACUAUUUCUUAUAUUAUCUAAUAUUUUAGAGAGUUUUACUCGACAUACAUAAGUAACGACUAUCAUAAGUAACGAUUCUUCAUAACAAAUAUAUGGAUAAUAUAGCUUGUAAAUUAAUUUUGAUAUAUAAUACUUAUAUUUUACAACGCAAAAUGCAAUUCCUGAUGUAGAUAUCUAAUGGAGAAUAUAAGAAAACAUCAAGAAUUCUUAUCCUGUUUUCAAAAUGUCAAAGGUAUUAGAACUAACCUCAUUUAAAGAGCAAAGUUUUAAUUAUGAGCUUGAAUAUCCGGUAUUUGCCUGAAGCGAUCGAGAAAUUUGCACGUUGAUCGUCAUGCAAAGAUAUCUAGUAUUCCCUUGGCAGUCAUUCCUUCAUCUGUAUGUGUAUAUACGUAUUAAGACAAUUGCGUAGGCGUAGAUAGAAAAAAAGAACAGGAAAGAUAGAGAGAAAGAGAGAGAAAGAGAUACGGUAUGGUGGACGAGAGAGGUAUGCCCGGGGGAAGUGUCCCGCGCGUCUUCUUUACAGGGAAUUACGUACCUUAUUGCUCUUAAAUUUACGCAUAGCAAGUACCAUUAAAGAUAAAAUUCAUGUUCCCCUCGACAGAGAAAAGUAAUCUCUUUCCAGGAAUCUCUUGCUAAAGAAAUAAAAGCAAUUUAAAAAUCAAGAUCCAUUUGGAUUCUUUAAAAAGAAACGCACGAAUGAAUUAAUACGAAUACGAGAACUUCAGAUUUGUCAGCCGAUCGUGGAGGACGUGAGCUCGUUGCAAUCGAUGGCCUUGACCUAUAUGAAGGAUACUCAAGGCCGAUGUACGUAUCCCAGCGCUGAACGGGAGACGAUAUGACUGGAGAUGGAAGAAAAGGAGCUGAAAGGAGAUUAAAUUGAGGUGUUCUUAGGAAGAUCGGUAGAUGGGUAAAAAGAAGGUAUACGAGUAAGGGCGUACGAGUAAAAUGUGUAUUGAUGAGAGGGGAAACGUCGCGAGAGAAGUAGAGGAGGUGAGGCGAGGCGAGGCCAGGCCAGGCCAGGUCAAACUCUAUCCUCUGACCUCAUAUCCCCUAGCAGCCGCAGCUACCUGCAGCCCAGACCUAUAAUUUCCAGGCAGAGGCCUACACACCCUGGCCGGAGCCGGCCCGGAGCCGAUCCGUACCUAACUAUAUAUUCUUACUAACACAGCGAAACGUUAGGCGCUUGCGCACCUUCCCUCACACGGGAGAGGAUUCAAAGUGGGCUGGGAGAGAGAGAGAGAGAGAGAAAGAUAAAGAGGGAGAGAAAGAGGGAGAGAGAGAGAGAGAGAAAGAGAGGGUGCUCCUGUUAUCCUGUAAACAGGAUCUUUCUUUCGGCCUUCCAGUCUCGCGACGGACGUCGAUCGUCCUGUUGGAACAUCUCGUGCGUUUCAUUUAUCAGUACGAAACACUCUCAAGUUCAAGUUGCUUCGAGAGGACGAGUUCACAUCCAUCAUCUUUUUCCAAAAGAUAAAUCAGUAUAUUUGAUUAUACAUAUAUAUAUAUUCUUUUCUUUUUUUUCUUGAAACUUUGUUCUCAGUGCGCCACGUCUCGACCGGCGUUGAUCCGUUUAUAGUAUACACUCUACAGCACGGAACCCUCGGCAACAGACGAUACGAAGAGCUCUGUUUCGUUGGAUUGGAUGAGAUCUGUUAAAGACACAUCAUGUUUGCAAAGUCUAAGAGCAGCAGUUCGUCCUCCAAUUUUCAAUUAGCAAAUCCAAUAAGAAAUUUCUGCGAAAUUGGGAAGCAAACAGCUACCGCGGGACCGGAACAUGUUUGGCGUAUCUACGAUGCUUACAGUAAAGAAGAUGGGAAGGAAGUUUCUGUAUUUCUCUUCGACAAACGUUCGGUGGAAAAACUUCACAAACCAAAACGCAAGGAAACAGUUACAGAAAUAUUACGGAAUGGAGCUAAAGAAAUGCAACGUUUUAUCCAUCCAAAGAUAUUGCAGGUAUAUAAAGUUGAAGAAUGUCCUGAAACGUUAGCCUUCGCUUCAGAACCGGUCUUAGCUAGUCUUGCAAAUGUCUUAGCUUAUCAAGAGCAACAAGAACUUAUCAAUAAACAAAAUACAUUAUCGCAAAGCCAUCGUCCAGUUUAUGUAAAAGAAUAUGAAUUAUUGGAUAUUGAAAUUAAAUAUGGCUUGUUACAGAUUACCGAAGCUUUGCUAUUUCUGCAUACCAAUUCUCAUACCAAAAUUCUUCACAGAAACGUUUGCCCGAGCAAUAUUAUAAUAACGAAAAGGGGAACGUGGAAGCUUGCCGGAUUCGAAUUUAUAGAGGUGGUCAAUGAGAUACCAUUUACUAUACAACCAUGGACAAGUAGAACGUCAAAAAUGGCCCAACCAAAUUUAGAUUAUUUAGCACCGGAAAUCCAACAAAAAAAAUUAGGUAGUUUUAGUAGCGACAUGUAUAGUCUUGGAAUGACGAUAUGUGCUAUCUUCAAUCGAGGCAGACCCUUGAUUCAAGCCAAUCACAAUUGUUCCGAGUAUCUGAAGCAAUUAGAAAAUCUCGAUGAUCGGGUCGGCAUUAUUCUACCGUCGGUCGCACUUCCUCUGAGAGAAGCAGUUUCAAGACUUCUUCAAAAGGAUAUUGAUCUAAGGCCUACCGCUCAAGUUUUAUCAAUGAUCAAAUAUUUCCGGGAUCCGCUCGUGCACGCCCUUCAGUUUCUGGAUGUGAGCAAGUUGAAGGACUUGAUGCAAAAGGAACAUUUUUAUAGGACGACCCUGAAGGAAUUGUUGCCGUAUAUACCGAAGAAACUAUUGUAUCAACACAUUUGGUGGUAUCUCCAAGCUGAGCUGCAGACCCAGGAAGUCUUAUCGGCGGUCCUACAACCGAUCUUAUACAUCAUUGAAAAGAGUACUAAAGAAGAAUACGAGAAAAUAAUCUUUCCCACCCUGAGACCGCUCUUCUCGAAUCGGAAAUCAAUUAAUGGUACCGUAACGCUGUUAGAAAAUUUGCAUGUAAUAUUGGAGAAGACACCCGAUGAGUAUAUAGAUUCUGAGGUUCUACAGAUGUUAUACACGAGUUUUGAGAAUUCUACGAUGCAGGUGCAGACGGCCGCUUACAUAGCAGUGACCAACGUGACGGAUUAUCUCAACGACGAAGCUAUAAGAAAUAUAAUAUUACCAAAGUUACUUCAGGCCUUCGACAAUGGUACCGUCGACGAGCGUAAAUUGAUGAAAGUGGUUUACUGCAUAUUAAAUCGCCUCGAGAAGCAGAAGAUCAUAGACUACGUGUUACCCCUUCUGUGCAAGGUUAAACUACAAGAACCCGAGAUCGUCGUUCGGGUUGUAAAUAUUUACAAAUUGAUGCUCACCGAUAAGAACUACGGUCUUUCCGUCAAUUGGAUGGCAACACGAGCAAUGCCUUCGUUACUUCCUCAAACUGUCAAUCCAGGAUUAAAUUUGGAACAAUUCAUGUUACUUUUCCAAGUGCUUCAAGAAAUGUUGAAUCACAUAGAGAGGAAUCAAAGAAAUAAGCUCACUCUAGACAAUCUCUCUUUACCGAGUCCGGAACGUUAUCGACCUUUCCGACAUCAGCAUAGCACGGACAACAUGCACGUUCCACCGUUCAACAUCCCGAAUUUAAGGAUCGAUCAACGAAAGACUUCGUCGGCCGAAGAUAUGGCGAGAAAGAAUAGCAUGACUGAACCAGAUAGGACGGCCUCAGCCGAAAAUAUGGCGCGGAAAAAUUCAAUGAUCUCCACUUUCGGAGGGUGGUUCACAGCAACGAUGAACGAUAGCAAUUUCUUAAAAGUACACAACGCCUUCACGAGUAGACGUCUUUCGGAUAAUACUUUAAUGACACCUAAAAUACGCGUAGCACCAUCUUGCGCCAGCUCACCGGGUGGAACACCUGGUGGUGGUUUACCUGUACGUCGUCAUUCGAGUAUAGGGCCUCAAGAACGACGUGGAUCGAACAUUAAUCUUUCACCGCCCACGGGAGGCGGAAUGCCAAUAACAAGUAGUAGCGUGCCAUAUCUUCUCAGUUCGAGUAUGAAUAGUGUUCGAGGAUCAAGACGUCCCUCGGUUUCAUCAACGUCAUCCCAGCAAGGACUUCUUCAGCAGGUUGGCUCCAGCAUGGUAAGACAACUACCCCCCAUCUGUCUCAACCUCAAUGGACCACCACCACCACCAACACUCUCUCCAUCACUCCAGCUACCGGGACAACAUUCCCACUGACCCUUGGUUACAGUUAUCAGUUCUUCAAUAGACAAGCCGACUCAUGAAGCGUGCAAGCAGAAAGAAAGGAAAGAUAGAGGAACGUCAACCGCUAAAUUGUACCUCAAAAAUAGAAGAAUGUUUAUCUUUCUGGGGAAUUUAGAGAAAGUACAAGACCACUGUGCAAAAUACAAAAGUAAAUUGCCUUUUCUAAUAUUAUCAAGAAUCUGGUACGAUCAGAAUAAGGUAAGUUGUACAAAUUCAAGCAUCGCCAAAAGAAAGUAUUCGAUGUCACGAUGAUGAAUUCAUAAAUUUGACUUCACUUCGAGGAUUGACCUUUCUUUAAAAUUCUUCGAAAAAUUUUCUUCUUCAAAGUACCUACAAUUUGCAACGAUAAUAUACAAUACAUAUAUAUGUGUAUGUAUAUAUAUAUAUAUAUAUAUAUAUAUAUACACAUACAUA